CACCAUUUUUCAGCCGACUGUUUCCUGACAAAGAUGGUCAAAGAUCUCCGCCGGAGGGUCGCCUACCGUGCAGGUCUGAUCCUGCUGGUAGCUGCCGCGUUACCACACGUUUUUUGUGGACCUUUCUCUGAAAUCUCCAGAGCUGACAGACAGCGAAACAAUGCGCGCCUGCCACCUUUAGAACCGUCCACGGACGGCGGGCGAGUCGCGCCGCUCAACUUUACGAGCAGCGUCGCUCUUGCUGCUUUCACAGCAGCGUGCUUGGUCUUGUCGACGCUGUCAACUGCUGCUGUGGCACAAGAUCCCAUGAUGGCGGAACUGGACCAACGUCCCUACAUCGAGAGGAAUCCCCCGCAACCUCCACCGGAUGACGACAAAGCACCGGACAUUGCUCCUGAGGAGCGUCAACGGAGGCGGACCAGUCCCUCCAAGGACGUGAGUAGCGAGGAGUGGUACGAGUACGGCAAGGACGUCUUCGUUGCCAAAUGUGCGGGGUGCCAUCCGGGUGGCAUGAACCAAGUUCGUGUGUCCAAAGGAUUGAAUCUGGAAGACCUGGAGAGAUGGGGAUUUCUCAAGGAGCCACAGAAGAUCACGGAAAUCAUCCGAUACGGAAAGGGAACCAUGCCAGGUUUCGCAAAAGAUUGUCCCGAGAAGAGUGGCUACCAGCAAUGUGGUGUCGUUGUUCCAUUGGACGAGGCCACCUUGAUCGAUGUGGAAGACUUCAUGAUGAACCGUGCCAAUUCCGGAUGGCGUGGUCGUGGAUAGACUGGAUAGAAUCGUCGCCUGUGUGGGCAUGGAAAAGGAGGGAAAAGGACGCGGAAAA